AUGAAAAAGCUAUUAUAUUAUGAUUCAGAUUUAUAAUCAGAUAACCCUCCUAAUUUUGAUUCUGAUAAUGAACCGCCAAAAGAUAUAAUAAGAGAAAGCAAAUUAUUAAUAAAAACUGAUUUAAAUAGAGUUUAUAAAGAAAUAUGGCAAGUAUUAUUUUUUUUUAAAAAAAAAGAAAAUAAUUUAAAGAUUGGUCAAGGAUUACCAAAACCAGCAAAAUAUGACGAAGUAAAAGUUAAAUUUAUAGAAAUUGAUAAUCCUGAUUGUGAAGAAAAUAAUAAAUUUCCAUAAGGAUAACUAUUCUAAAAUUAUUUUGAUAAAUUAAAUAAAUAAGAUUUAUUGUAAUUUAAUUUAGGAAAAAAUAAAUAUGAAGAAUGGUUUGACAAUAUAGUUGAGAGUAUGAAAAAAAAUGAAAUAUGUUUUAUAUUUAUGGAAUAUUUAAAAUUUGAUGAUAAUCACAUGAAGAUUCUUGAUUAUAAAAAAUUUUAUUUAUUUUAUUUAGAAGAUUGGACAACUGUAAUAGACUUAAGAUAAGAUAUGAAUUUUUUAAAAAAAGUAAUCUAAAAAGGAUAAGGAAUUUAAAGAUGUGAAAAAAGUGAUGAAGUCAUAUUUAACUACAAACUUAGUAAAGAAUAAGAAAUAAUAGAUGAAAGAAAUAGUGAUGAAAUAAUAAGAGUUGAUAAAUUAAUGGAAAUAGGAUUUUCAGAUUGCAUUUGGCGUGUAAUGAGUUCAAUGAAAGAUUAAGAAAUCGUAGAAUGCUAUAUAACACAAAAAGGCUUUUUAGAUUUAGAAAAUGAAAAUUUUAAAGAAAAAUAUAAAAUUAAUUAGAGUGAUGAAAUACAUGUUUAUAAAUUAGAAUUAAAUCUAAAAAAACUAAUCAGUAUAGAAGAUAUUUUAGGGAAUGGAUAAUUAAUAAAAAAGUAAUUAUUUAAAGGUAUAUGUACUUCAAAACCCGAAAAAGAUUGUAGAAUAUUUUUUUCCUUAAAAAUUGAAGUAAAUUAAUAAAUAAUUUAUGAUUCAGGUACUAUAAAUAAUUUAGAAGAACAAGUUAAAAAUUCUAAUAUGAGCAAAAUCGAAUUUUUAGAAAAUUAAAAAAAUUGCUGGAAAUAUAUUUUAGAUGAAUAUAAAAUAUCAAAGUUACUCUAAAAGACUUUACGAAGAAUGAAAAAAUCAGAAGAAUGUUAAAUAGAAUGCAAAGAUAAUAUUUAUAUUCAAUAUGGCGAUGAUUUUAAAAUUAUAAAAGAAAAAUGCGAAAACUAAAUACCCUAAUCUAUUGUUUAUUAUAUUAAAUUAUUUGAUUUUACAGAUUCUAAAAAUACAUAUACAAUGACUAUUGAUGAAAAAUUUAAUAAGGUUAAAGAAAAAAUUAGUUGGAUUAAAAUUCAUUAAAGUAAACAAAAUAAUUAAUUUAACUUUUAUUAAUAAUUUUAUUUAUAUAAUAAAAUAAGGAAAAUAAUUAUAAAAAAGCUCUUAGAGUAUUUGAAUCUAUAAAUAAUUAUUUUUUAUUAGGAUAAUUUACUGAACAAGAACUAUUUUUAAUAAAAUAAGUUAUUUUUUUUAUUAAAAGAAAAAAAUUGGUUUAAUAAUAAUUAUAUUUUUAUAAAAAUAGUAUAAAAUAUCAAGUUUGUUAAAUACUAGUUUAUGUUUGAUGAAAUUAUAAAAAUGGAAAGAAUUAGUAGAGUGUUGUGA